GCAGCCUCGCCGUUACACAGGAAAUUGUCAUGUCGCCAAACAUGGCUACGUUUCCCAAAAACAUCACGAAAUCGAAAAUCAUAAUGGGGAAUCAUGGAAAGAGGAACUGAGAUCAACAAAAAACGCUGUCACGAGGCUGUUUGAAAUUUGUAAGACAUCAGAUAAAGCCCUCACAGGAUGAGAGGGAUUGUUGCAUUUUAUCUAACCUAUAUGCUGUGCCUGAUAUUGGGGAUCAUCUGUGUGGCAUUAGUAGUUCACUGGAAUUACAGCUAUCGAGGUGGAUUUGCAUGGGACGGCUCAGCCAAGCACUUCAACUGGCACCCGGUCUUCAUGGUCACUGGCAUGGUGGUGCUUUAUGGGAAUGUGGCCAUAGUGUACCGUAUGCCUCUGACGUGGGGUCAAAAUAAGCUCCCGUGGAAGCUGUUACAUGCUGGACUUCUGCUCCUUUCUUUCAUUCUUUCUGUCAUCGGGCUUUGUGCGGUGUUCGACUACCACAACGCAAACCACUGCACUUUUUACUGCACAGUGGGUUAUGGGUUUUACCUCAUUCCUCUUACCCUGCACUCCAAUGUCAGCACGUGCUUUUAUAAAGCCAACUCAUGUUUGGAUGGGAGGAAUCAUUUUGGUACUGAGCAUUGUGUCCUGCAUCUCAGGGAUCAAUGAAAAACUCUUUUUUGCACUAAAAGGAAACACCAAUGGGACUCUGCCUUAUUCCACAUUACCACCAGAGGCAAUAACUGCAAAUUCAUUGGGAGUCAUCAUUGUAGCAUUUGGAUUGGUUGUUUUGAAAAUCUUAUCCAAUCAGAUAUGGCAGCGUCCUGCGCCAGGCUAUGAAGAGGGAGUUUACCAGCCACUGGGGUAUGAUGGAAGCUGAAAUGUCUGAAAGCUAAAUACUUAUCUGCACUCUUCAAUGGAACCAUUACAACCAUUAGUCUUCCUAUUUCUAAUUAUACAGAGCUCUGCAGUUUACUGCAAAUAUUCUCUUUAUUAUGUUUUACGUUUGAUGUGAUUGUGCUGCUGCUGUUGUUGUAGAGCAUAAGGCAAAUUAGCAUAAAUGUAAAACCACUGCUUGAUCGUCAGUGGUUUGUGCUUAUUUAAUAUUUGAGAAGACUUAUUUAAUAAUUGAUUGAAAUUAUUUCAUUUAACAGGCUGUUUGCCUCUGAAGUGAAAUCAGAUGAAGGUAUUGCCUGCCUCUUUGUUCGGUAAACCGGUUCAAACCGGCUGGGAAGGGCGUUCAAACCAGGGACAAAUCACCACGCGUCAGCAUCAGCAAAUAACAAAUAGAAAUCGAGACUGUCUAGGACCAAUCAAAACACUCGGAAGAGGUGUAUACAAUUUGCAUAUCUUCGCUGCGGCUGAUCUCGAAUCAGUUAUUCUUUGAAUGUUUGAAAUUUACGCACUAAAACAUAAAUAUAAUGUAAAUCCGUCCUAAAAGGGAUGAAACUGAAGCAUUCAGAAAAACUGUGAAGCGACAAACAACCAUACUACGACAAUAAGAGCUAAGCAGGUCAAUCCUAAUUACUGAAAUAUCGCGAAUACCACAACAGAAGCAUAGCGCACUUGAUACGUGUUUAUUAGUUAUAUUUUUUAUUCGAUUCCAAGAUAUGUAAUCAAAUAAAAGAAAACCGGCGCUCAAUAGACCUACUUCCAUACUUGUUUUGCGUUGUUGCGUUUGCCCCGCCCGCAGAGGGGUUGUAGCCAAGCAUGGUUUCCACUAGGUCCUCUUUAAAGAUAUACUUGUCAGUCCUCCCAAGAAAUCACAUUCAUUUCGGUUUCAUUCGAGUUCCUGGAGGUGUCAGUCUGCUAUCAUGUCUGGUCGAGGAAAAGGCGGUAAGGGGCUUGGAAAAGGUGGUGCAAAACGUCACCGCAAAGUUUUGAGAGACAACAUUCAAGGAAUCACGAAGCCAGCUAUUCGCCGUCUAGCGCGUCGUGGUGGUGUGAAGCGUAUUUCUGGUCUGAUCUAUGAAGAGACGCGAGGUGUUCUGAAAGUGUUUCUUGAAAAUGUUAUUCGCGACGCUGUAACCUACACCGAGCAUGCCAAGCGCAAGACUGUGACCGCUAUGGACGUAGUGUACGCUCUGAAGCGUCAAGGCCGUACACUGUAUGGUUUUGGCGGUUAAAUUUCACCCGGACCGGAUUUUCAAGAAAAAAAGGCUCUUUUAAGAGCCGCCCAAACAUUCAAUCAAACGAGCAAAUUAAUGUCUUCAUUCUUUUCUCUUUUUCCCUCUUAUUUUUUCUUGUCUUUUCU